GCGUGAUGGAUGACUGUUGGGUCGGAGUCGACGGCGGCGCUGCAAACGCUGCGGGUCUCAGGCAUUAAGAUGCAGAACGAAAAAAAACGGCGAUAGCGUGCGGCCGGCCGGCCGGCGACAUCUUCGAGUCGUGUUGGAAGCGAUGAACCCGUGUCUGGGAAUAGUGCUGGCAGUGGCGUGAAUGUUUAAACGGUUCGGACAAACAACAUUGUGAAUAUUGGCAAAUGGAGAACUAUUUCCAAGCUGAGGCAUUUAACCUGGACAAGGUGUUGGAUGAAUUUGAGCAGAAUGAAGAUGAAACCGAGUCCCCAACGGUAUUUGAGGCAAAAUGGAGUCAGAUUUUGGAUCCACCUUCUCACCUGCUUUCUUUAAAUCCAGCCUUGUCUAAUGUGAAUGUGGGAGCAUUUUCCAGUGAAGUGCAAGCAAAACUAAAAUGUUGUUCUUCGCCCAAAUCGGAGAUUUCAGUCUUGGGGAGAGCAGAUCACUUUCUUAAUGGAACUGAUGCCACAGAAAACCUUGGACUUGAUGUACAUUGGAUUAAUGAUGAAGAAGCUCUGGUGACUAGCAAAGGCAAUUGUGAUCAUUGGCCAAAUUUUAAAUCGUCUGUGAAGCCUGCUUGUGAAAAGGAAUUGGCUCUUUCAGAAGAUAUGAAUUCUUCAAGUAUAUUUGGGACAAUUGUUCAGAAUUCUGACAGUCAAUUAGAACAGUGUACUGAUCUUAUAGAAGACAAUAAUGCAAAUAGUCAAAAUACGUUAAAUGCUAACAGUUGUUUGGUAGAAAACUCAAAUCUGCAAAGUGAACCAUUAUCUUCUGCCAUGAAUGUCAAAACCGAGAAGGCUACUAAAAUGAAAAGUAUUGAACAAUUGAAUGCACCCGGUACAGAUGAGUUUUCUGAGAAAUCGUCAUCUGAUAGUUUAACGAACCCUGCCGAUUUGGAAAAUCUUUCACCAACUUCAAAAGAGUCUUGGAGUGUUGAGGAUUUAUCAGUUAUUUGUGAACAGAGUGAAUUGUCUAAAUUGGAUGGUGCUGCUGAAAUAAACGAAUUAAUUGAUUCAUUUUCUCGAAAAACGGACACACACGAUACAGUUACUGAACUUGAAGAUGAGUCGGUGCAGGUUGAAAAUUUUGUUGUAAAAGGUGGAGAGGAUUUAGAUGAUUUAGCUAAUACACUGAUAUUGGGUGAUAUCGAUAAUUUGACGGUGCCGAAAAUGGACUCUGAGAGAGCGCACACUCAACAGAUUGGGCCCUGUGGUGUCAAUAAGCAGCCACAUCUGAUUACAGUACAAUGUAAUUCCUCAAAUAAUGGCAAUUAUGAAAAUGAUGGGCACCAUUUUAAUGAAAAUUGUAACAGUACAAUGAAACUAAAUGAUGAAAUGGUUGUUUGCCAAAAAACUAGUGACAUUUUGUUCAUGCAGGGAUAUACCACUGAUCUGUCUUGCCAUUCAAGCAGAAUGUCAUCAACUGGGAUUGAUGCAACAAUUGAUCAGUUAACCCAACACAUGAAGCAAGUUGAUCAUAAAGCAUUGGAAGGAAAUAAUGGUGAGAUUGUUUUAGAUCUAACAAAAACAACAACAGAAUCUGUGUCUAGUGACGAUUGGUUGCAAGGGUUGAACCCCUUGUGUGCUGACAUGAAAACAAUGGCGUCAUCAUCUUGCUAUUCGUGUGAUGUAUUAGAAACUCUGUCAAUUCCUAAAUCAACAGUGGCCUGCGUUUCUAAAUCUUUGACUUUAAAGGAAGAUUCAGUAACUGAAGAGAAAGAAAGAGAGGAGAGCAAAUCAGAAAAUUAUUUCAUUCAACACCAAGAAGGCAGUGCAGUGGAAUCUGGAGUGGUGAAUGAUUUGACCAGAUUAAGUAUUUCUACAGAUAUUACAGAUCAAUUGAGAGACAACUAUUUUAACACUCCUAAUCCAUCUGCCACAGAGACUGGCGCACAGGAUGAUGCAGAAAAAAUAGCUCUAAAUAAUGCACAAUCCCCUAGUAUUCCAUUUGGAGGUGCCAGACCCAAGCAACCUUUGAAUUUGAAACUACAAAUCCCAAAACCUUUGUCCAACCAAUUAUUGAAUGACUUGGGCUCAACUAACCUUGCACAAAACACAAAAAAUAAAAAUAUAGGUUUUAUUGAUAAAGCCGAACUGCCUGAAGAUUCCUGCUUGUGUGCUUUGAAUGGUUGUAAUUCAGUUCCGGAUUGCAGCGGUGAUAUUGAUGACUCUGGAGUGUGCUAUACUGGUGGUUCUAAAGAUAUCAACUCGGAUUAUGUUUUGGAAACUGAAAGUCCAAAUAAUGACCUGCAAAUUGGGCAGUUUGCAGGAGAGCUUAAAAAGCCAUUUACAAAUUUGGGUGAUGUUGCUCCUGUAUGGGUACCGGAUUCCCAAGCACCAAACUGCAUGAAAUGUGAAAUGAAGUUUACAUUCACAAAGAGACGUCAUCAUUGCAGAGCUUGUGGAAAGGUUUUCUGUGCAGCUUGUUGCAGCCUGAAGUAUAAGCUAAGUUAUAUGGACAUGAAGGAGGCCCGAGUUUGUGUAACUUGCCAUUCUGUUCUAACAAGUUCUCAAGCUUGGGAAAAUAUGUUUAACGCCUCUGCUUCAAGUCCAAAUCCCAAUAAUCCUGCAGAGUAUUGUUCUACUAUACCACCACUGCAACAAGCUCAGGCGUCGGGGGCACUCAGUUCUCCGCCGCCCACAGUAAUGGUCCCUGUGGGAGUUCUCAAAUAUCCAGGCACAGAAGUGACUCACUCAAAGGAGCAAAGGCGAGUCUGGUUUGCUGAUGGAAUCUUACCAAAUGGAGAAGUUGCAGAUGCAGCAAAACUAUCAACAGGAGGACCAUCUAUGACACGAUCUUUGACGGUAUCACAUGAUCCUGGUAAAGAAGUUGCAACCAAACCCACAGCCUUAGAGAACGCAGCUACAUCAUUGGGUAGUACAGCUCAAAUCGGCAGUCCAGUUGGAAGUGCAAUUAACUUAGUCCCAGAAAAUGGGCUCCCGCCUAUUCUCAUCUCUACUGGUGUCAAAGGAGAUUAUGCAGUUGAUGAACAGCCAUCACAGAUGUCUCUGAUGCUGCAGUUGGAAGAAGGAGGCCCCGAUCCUCUAGUUUUUGUUUUAAAUGCAAACUUGCUUGUUAUGGUCAAACUUGUCAAUUAUGUGAACAGGAAGUGUUGGUCCUUCACCACCAAAGGAAUGCAUGCAGUGGGGCAGGCGGAGAUAGUCAUCCUCUUGCAGUGUUUACCUGAUGAGAAAUGCAUCCCAAAGGAUAUCUUUAAUCACUAUAUACAGCUUUAUCAAGAUGCACUGGCAGGUAAUGUUGUUGGAGAAUUGGGCCAUUCCUUCUUUACUCAGACUUUCCUUGGCAGUAGAGAACAUGGUGGAUUUCUGUAUGUCACCUCUACUUUUCAGUCUCUGCAGGAUGUUGUGCUUCCCAAUGCACCAUACCUGUUUGCCAUUCUAAUUCAAAAAUGGGAAACACCUUGGGCUAAAGUUUUCCCAAUCCGUCUGAUGCUGCGUCUUGGAGCAGAAUAUAGAUUUUAUCCAUGUCCAUUAUUCAGUGUGCGUUUUCGUAAACCUCUGUUUGGAGAGACAGGACAUACAAUAAUGAACCUACUUGCGGAUUUCAGGAAUUACCAAUACAAGUUGCCUGUAGUACAAGGGCUUGUUGUUGACAUGGAAGUCAGGAAGACAUGCAUCAAUAUUCCUAGCAACAGAUAUAAUGAGAUGAUGAAAGCAAUGAACAAAUCCAAUGAGCAUGUGUUGGCAUUUGGAGCUUGCUUCAACGAGAAGGCAGAUUCACAUUUGGUGUGCGUUCAAAAUGAUGAUGGGAACUAUCAGACUCAGGCCAUAAGUAUCCACAACCAACCUAGAAAAGUAACAGGAGCCAGUUUUUUUGUCUUUAGUGGUGCUCUGAAAUCAUCUUCUGGUUACCUGGCCAAAUCUAGCAUUGUAGAAGAUGGUAUGAUGGUACAAAUCUCAGCAGAAACAAUGGAUACUUUACGACAGGCAAUCCGAGAGAUGAAAGACUUUACCAUUACCUGUGGUAAAACGGAUGCAGAAGAACCACAGGAACAUGUUCACAUCCACUGGACAGAAGAUGACAAAAAUAUCAACAAAGGUCUCAUCAGUCCAAUUGAUGGCAAAUCCAUGGAUGAAAUUGCAAGUGUGAAGAUAUUUCAUGGGUCAGAAUUCAAAACAAAUGGCAAAGUCAUUAGAUGGACAGAGGUGUUCUUCCUGCAGAGUGAGGAACAGCCCAGCGAUCUUAGUGACCCGGCAGAUCACAGCAAACUUGCGGAGAAUAUGGCCAAGGCAUUUUGCUUAGCACUCUGUCCUCACCUUAAACUGCUGAAAGAAGAUGGAAAAUCAAAACUGGGUCUUCGUGUCACACUAGAUUCAGACCAGGUUGGAUAUCAAACUGGUAGCAAUGGACAACCCCUCCCAUCACUGUACAUGAAUGACCUUGACAGUGCUUUGGUUCCAGUUAUCCAUGGUGGAGCAUGUCAGCUGAGUGAAGGGCCAGUUGUGAUGGAACUCAUCUUUUACAUCCUGGAGAGCUUUUCCUAGAACCAUAAAAUACUUUUCCAUCUUACUGGUGUGUAUUGCUCUAACUGAAAACAUUUGCACUUUAAACUGUUGGUAUGAUAAAACUGAAUUGGUGCUCCAUUAUUGCUGAAUCUACUAUGCACCAUGGGCCACUGAGGUUAAUCUAAUGCAGGUCAGGUACCUGCCUUUCAACUUUCUAUUAAAUGUGGACUUGAUCUUUUGGUUUACUGAAGCUGUUCUUAAGCAUGAAUUAAUUUUGAUUUCUCCUAGUUUACAUUGUAUGGAUUGGCAGCAUAUCAUUCGUCAGGAUUAAGACUAGUUUGCAAUUUGAAGUAAAAUAAAUACACAUGGUUACAAUGACACUAUCAUAAGGACAGUGUAGAAAUACCUUGACCUCAGUAUCACUACUACCCUGACACAAUCUGCAGUUAAUCUAUUUAGUUUGUAUAUAAUGUAUGUCUGAAGUUUUGAAGCACUUAACCUAUGCCUUGUAAACCACAUAAUGGAACAUUGUGGUAAUCUCUAGCCAUGAAAUAAAGGUAGUGUAUAAACAAAUUAUUCUAAAAAUAAGAUCUUUUAAUGACUUUCUCAGCCAUACUGCAUUUCGUAUCAGCUGUAUUAAUUGUAUUUGCUGGUGCAUGGGCACCUCAGGUAAUAUAUACAGGGAUCAGUAUUUAAAGCCUUUAUGGAAAUAAUCUGUUUCAAUUGGGCUAUUAUGGGCAGUCUCCAAGUAUAGAAAAGUGAACUCCUGUAAGUAAUUGUAAAAUGUAGUUGUUUAAAAGCCAAAUACACUGUAUAUUUGUUUUGCAUUAGAAACAUUUGCGAUUUAAGAAUAGUUAAUAUAAGGUAAAUAAAUGUUUCUUUUAUUUUUAAAAAAAUGCUGUAGUAUGGCUUGUUAAGAAUUGGUAAAUAGAUGUUAUAGCUUAGUUUGGCCUAUUUCCUUCAAUUGUAUCACUGAGUGGAAAUGCGGUUUUAUCUUGCAUAUAAGACAUACAGAAUCAUUGUACAUUUAGGUGAAAUGCAAUUUCAUUUCCUUAGUUUUUCUAUUGGCAGUAGUCAAAUGUGCACUUUAGAAACUGGUUACAAAUAAAUGGUUUCCUAAUAAAACCUCAUUGAAUACCAAUUAAGUAUAUCACAUUAAAUACACAACAGCAAUAAAGUAUUCUUGCAUAAAUCUGUAUGUCUUUUUGUUGACAGUGUUCUGAAGCCUUUUAGCUUUUGAGGUGUGCAACUGGUAUGAGUGAUUUGGGGGUAGGGGGGAAAGCUUGAACUACUGGUUAGAAAAAAAUGGAAGUUGUUAUUCAUUAAUUUAAAUUCCAGCAAAAUCAGUUGCAUUAGGGUUGCAAAAGGAAAUAAACACAAUUUUUUUUUAGAAAAACAGAUGGACCAUGUCAAUGAUAUUUCAUCAAAAUUGACACCUUGGCAUUAGUGUU